AGCAGCCGCACCACAACAACAGCUCGAGGCUGGCCGACCGGAGGCGAGGGUGAGGGGAGGUUCCCGCGUUUGGAGGCAAUCCGAGAAAACAAAAAAAGAAGCGUUGCCGGCUGAGAGCAGGAAAACCCCAGCCAAUGGGUCAACGUUUUGGGUACUAUAAAAGUUGCCCCUGAUUCUGCCGGAGAGUCAACCUUGGUCUCAGCGUCCCAAGACAGUCGUACCGAAGUACCCUCGAGCUAACAUGGCACGCAAGCUGUUCGUUCUCGUCGCCCUUGUGGCCGUGGUUGCAUUGGCCUACGCUGAGGAAGAGAAGAAGGAAGAGAAGAAGGACGACGUCGAAGGCCGCAUUGGCUUCGGCGGUGGCUAUGGCCAACAGUCCGGCGGCAACCAAUACGGCUUCAACCGCGGACAAUCGGGCUUCAACCAGGGCAGCGGAGGCUUUGACAGCGCCAACCGCUACAACAACGUGCAGGGCUUCAGGAACCGCGACGGCUACCGUACCAACCAGGGCUACGACCGUAACUCCUUCAACCGCUACGGAACUGGUGGUGCAGGCUUCAACACUGGCUUCAACCGUGGUGCUGGCGGCGCCUUCAACCAGUACGGGUCUCAGGGAGGAGGCUACCUCGGAUGAGCGACGAGAAGUACCUAACAAGGAACAACAAGAACUGCCAAAAAGAAAGAUUUCUUCCGUUACUUGACCCCAGGGACCUGCCUUCAGUAGUCUUAACAUGGAAACCAGCAUUCAAGCGAAGCGAAAUCAUUCUCGCCUCUAAGAGAAGCACUGCUCACUGUAAAUACAGCUGAGUCGAGUGAAAAUAAAGAUUGUUAAUUUAUUUUUUACGCA